GCACCGUCCCUGCUCAUUGACCGCGUGGGCCGCCGCUGCGUCAUGCUUGUAACGUCUCUAAUUGUGACUGCCAUCCUGACAUUGUUGGGCUUCUUCUACUACUACAAGGACAUGGACAAAGGAAAAUUCCGCCAUCGCUAUCGGUACGAGCCACUCGCGUCGCUCACGACGUAUAUCGCCGCCUUCUGCCUCGGCAUCGGCCCGGUGCCCUGGGUCGUUAUGGGAGUGAUUAUAUCAACCGGAGGACAUAGUCUCUUCACCGCCGUCAGCACCAUCUUCUGCUUCUGCGAAUUCCUUAUCAUCAAAGAGUUCCGGAACCUGGUCCGGCUAUUCAACUUAUCCAGUCUGUUCUGGAUGUCCGCGUUGGUCACUGUUGUGCAGGCCAUAUUCGUCUACACGUGCAUUCCAGAGACCAAAGGGAAGUCUCUCGAAGACAUCAGUAUGUAG